UACUCACAGUAUUUAGUUUUAGUUGAUCGAUUACAUCUAUCAGGACAGUCAUCCUCAGGAAUUUGUUUUGGGCCAAAUAAAUUGGGACAGACACUUAAUUUUUGGCAAACAGCUCUACAAAAUUCUGACACCAUUUCACCAGAACUAACAACAGCAACACUUGCACGAUUAACCCGUCCAGGACCCACGGAUUUGGGACACCACGAAGAGGACCGUGAUUCGGGUAUGGGUGCAGCUGUUGUAUACGUAUCAGCCAAAUAUACAUCCCAAUUAAACUCACUGGGAUUGUGCAACCCCCAGCCUUUGGGAGCAGUUAAUUUCAAGUCAUGUUCUUUAGUCCAGCCUACUGGGAAUAUGUAA